UGGCAGAGUGUUUUGUUUAAACAUCGUAAAAAGGUUGCCCUUUUGCAAUAGCACUUGCCCGUAUGUUCUUGCACACACACACACACACACACACACACACACACACACACCCACACACCCACACAUACAGUAACCACACAGGUUCGAAGAAGGCAGACGUGAAAGCUUCCAAGAAUAAACAUCAGCAUGUAUCACUGACUCAGAUCAGUGAAUGCAUAUAUGCUUAGCGCUCAAGUAAAUGGCCGAGUGAGUGUGACAGUGAAUGAGAGAGAGAGAGCCUGUAAUCAAGCACAGUUUAGAAGUGGGAAGGGUCACAGUGUGAGCGGGAGGGGAAGAGAGAGAGAGAAACAUCUCCCAUCUGUGUGUUUAUUGUCUUUACAGUGUAAGAAAGGCAGGCAACAGAGAAACAGGCUGUAUGAUGAGCUCAAGAGGGAUUUUUACAGAUGGGAUGCGCUCCCUGCAGGAGAUGUCAACCCUGUGACUUCCUUCACUAAUGAUCCUCUCUGAUCAUUGACGUCCCCGCUCAGAGCACGCUUUCCCACCUGAGGAGUCUGUUUCCAGAGUUUCUCUCCCCUCGCAGACGGACAGAGUCAACUGGAGAACAUGUCAGAGCUCAGCUCCAAAAAACAAGGAUUUAAAAAAUGCCGGAGUGCCACUUUCAGCAUUGACGGCUUCAGCUUCACUAUUGUGGCGAAUGAAACCGGAGAGAGCAGUGCGAGACCUCUGGCACGAUUCGCACGUUCCAAGUCCCAGAAUGCUUUGUGGAACGCCAUCACAGCAGGCAUCGGGAUCAAGGACAAAGACAAGCGGGGUAUCCUGAUUGACCCACGGAGCCCGGAGGAGAUUCUAGCUGAUGACCUGCCCUCUGUCGACAGUCCUGAUGCCAUGGAGAAAACCGCCAUCAGGCUGAGAUGUUUGGUGAAACAGUUGGAGAGAGGUGAGGCUUCUGUUGUCGACUUGAAGAAAAACCUAGAAUAUGCUGCAUCCGUUUUGGAAUCUGUCUACAUUGAAGAAACAAGGUUUGUUGAUACAGAAGAUGAGCUCAGUGACAUCCAGUCCGACUCUGUUCCCUCAGAAGUGCGCGACUGGCUGGCGUCAACUUUCACACGUCAGAUGGGGCUGAUGUUAAGACGGUCGGAGGAGAAGCCGCGAUUUCGCAGCAUCGUGCAUGCGGUGCAAGCAGGGAUAUUUGUGGAAAGGAUGUACCGACGGACCUCCAACAUGGUGGGGCUGAGCUAUCCACCCAGCGUGAUCACGGCCUUGAAGCAUGUGGACACGUGGUCAUUUGACGUCUUCACACUGAAUGAUGCCAGCGGAGAUCAUGCACUGAAAUUUAUUUUUUAUGAACUUCUCACCAGAUAUGACAUAAUCAAUCGCUUUAAGAUCCCUGUUUCUGCUCUGGUGUCUUUUGUGGAGGCCUUGGAGGUGGGCUACGGCAAGCACAGAAACCCUUACCACAACCUAAUCCAUGCCGCAGACGUCACCCAGACAGUGCAUUACCUACUGCUCAAGACCGGCAUGGUUCACUGGUUAACCGAGUUGGAGAUCUUUGCUAUGCUGUUCGCUGCUGCUGUGCACGAUUACGAACAUACCGGCACCACAAACAACUUCCACAUACAGACCAGAUCCGACACAGCUAUACUAUACAAUGACCGUGCCGUACAGGAGAACCACCAUGUUAGCGCUGCAUAUCGGCUCCUGCAGGAAGAUGAUGAAAUGAACAUCCUCUACAAUUUGUCGAAAGAUGACUGGAGAGAAUUGCGGGCUCUGGUGGUCGAGAUGGUCCUGGCCACUGACAUGUCCUGUCACUUCCAGCAGAUUAAAGCCAUGAAGAACUUCCUCCAGCAGCCUGAAGCGAUUGAUAAACCCAAGGCCUUAUCCCUGUUACUGCACACCGCUGACAUCAGCCACCCCGCCAAAAACUGGAACAUGCACCACCGCUGGACCACCUCACUGCUGGAGGAGUUCUUCAGGCAGGGCGAUAAGGAGGCAGAGCUUGGACUUCCUUUCUCUCCUUUAUGUGAUCGCAAGUCUACCAUGGUGGCCCAAUCUCAGAUCGGUUUCAUUGAUUUCAUCGUGGAACCCACCUUCACUGUGCUGACAGACAUGAUUGAGAAAAUCGUGACUCCGCUGAUCGAAGAAGCCUCACCCUCCGGCCUGGCUGGAUUCAGACGGUCCAGACAUUGCACUUGUAUUGUCUUUUACCUGAACUGCUCCAUAAGCGCUGUUGAUUUUAAGACCUUCAAAAGCACCUGGAAUGAGGAAGUGCAUAAAAACAGAGAAAAAUGGAAAGCACAGGCUGCCAAAGAUCUGGAAGAGAAGGCCAAACAGGAAGAAAACGAGAAGAAAGAUAAUAAAACCGACACAGACACACAAAGCAGUGACAGCAAAGGCGAUAAUACUAAAAAAGAAGACGAGAUCAACACAGACGCGAGUGUGAAAUCUCAAGACAAACGAAAGGAAGACACGAGACAAGAGAAGGAUUCAAAGACAGAUCGAGAAGCUACAGGCGAUAACAAGCAGCCCACAGAGCAACAGCCCAGAGAGGAAGAGGGCAAUAAAGACCCAGGGGGGGUGAAUGGGGCUCAAACACCAGCGUCUGAUGCCAAAGAGCCCGAGACCAGCAGUGACACGGACAACAGCCAGCGAGCGCACAACGGGAACGAGGAACUGAACUCACCUGACAGUGACGACAGUGAAAGCAAGAGAUCGGACGACUCAGAAGACGAGCACAGUCACUGUGGGAUGUCCCCCUCUUCACUGGCAGACAGUGCAGCCGCUGCAUCUGCGCCUGAUGCAAACUCUCCCACUCGCCGCAAAUACCACCUGGUCAGAUACAGUAAGAAACCCAGUUACUGUGCCAACUCCUACUUGCCCUCCCGCCCACAGAAGGAUUACCACAAACCCACAGACCCCCGUAGCAGGGCCAGACACCUACAGAGCAUCUCUCUGAGACGGGGGAGGUGACCCCAUCUAUAGCACACACAAAAACUUCUGUCUGUUCUGCACUGAUGAUGGAGUUGAGAGAUGCUAUUUCAACCCAAAAUCAAAAGAAAAAACUAAUAAGAAAUUGUAAUCUGCAUGAAGACAGUACUUUGACAAUUAAGCAGUUUUGCUGAAGAUUUUUAUUACUGUAGUGUAUACAGAAGAGAAAAAAACAGAUAAAAU